AUGCCAGUAAGUAAAACUUUGUCCAAGAUCAAGAAGGGUUUAGCCAAGAAGGGUAAAGUGACCAUCCAUCCAAAGGGUCGUAAAUUCCAACGUUUGACAAGAGCUACAUUACGUGAGGAGAAGAUCGCUACCAGAAAGAGAGCACAUAAUGAACGUAAAUCUAACGAACUUUCUCGUGUGAAAUACAUCCAAAAUCUUAUAAAUUUAGAUUCCUUUAAGAAUAAGACAACGUUUUCUACUGAAGAGAUAGCUAUUUUCAUUAAUCAAUUCAUAGAGAGAGAUGAUGAAGAAUUAAACGACUUAAUAAAGAAGAGAAGAUCUAAUCGUCCACCUACCACAAAACAACAAAUGCUACAAAGUAAAAGAGAUCUAGAGAUGGAAGAAUUCAAUAAGGGAUUCUUGUGCCCAGAUUUAACCGAUAUUAAAAAUGUUGAAUUCUUAAGGAAAUGGAAUAACAGUUUUGGUUCUAUGAGUACUCUGAAAUUGAUGAGAAUAGAUUCGGAUGGUAAACAAGUUAUUGGUGGUGGUUUAAAUACAAGUGAUCCAGUAGCAAAUGAUAUCGAAAUGAGCUGA